AUGGCGGUUGCCGCACCACAAUUCGACGCCAAACUGGCCGCGUCAAUUUUAACACCUUACGACGGCGACAGUGAAAAGCUAUCAGCCUUCGUAGACGGAAUUAAAUUUUUAAAGACGGUGAUAGCAGAGGAACACCAUCGAACUUUGAAAUUAUUUUUAAUGACAAGGAUCUCGGGGAAAGCGCGAGAUGCCUUGCCAAACGAUAACGUCGAUAGGAUAAUAGACCAAAUUAUUGAACUGAUAAAAAGUUCAUGCGAGAGUAAAGUCACAUCUGAACAACUGAUCGCGAAAAUAAAUGCUAUUAAGCAUGGCAGUUCGAAAGAACAAUACUGCAGAGAAGUGGAGAAUCUCUGCGAUAAAUUAACAAAUACCUACGUCAGGGAAUAUAUACCACAUGAAACAGCUAAAAAAUUGGCCACUAAGGCAGGAGUGGAUAAGCUGAUAAAACUCGCGCCUACCAAUAACGAAAAAAUCGUUUUGCAAGCCGGUACGUUUAAGACCAUCGAGCAAGCUACGCAAAAAUUUAACGAGCUGCCCGAUGAUAGCGAAAUUGCCGAAAAACCAAAUCGGAUAUUCAACGUCUCCCACCAAAGAGACUAUUACCAAAAUCGAAGAGGAAACUGGAGAGGAGGAAAGAAUGAUAACCGAAAUAAUUUCUCUUCUCGAGGAUUCCAUUACAAUAAUCAACGCUUUAUGCGAUUUAACAAACAGCAAUCAUUCAACGGUAACUAUCGUGGCGCGCGAGGAAACACUCGCGGCCACUGGCACCACGAUCGACAAAUCAACAGAAUUUAUUUUGCUGACAAUCAGGAAAGCAAUCAAAAUGCUUCAGUCAAUGCAGCACAGUAUGCGCAAGACCUGGGGCAACAAGGAAUGUUUUCGCAAAGCCAAACUUUUUUAGGGGCAGUAGGGCAGUAUACACGAUAA